AUGCCUAAAAAGUGCGAUUUGGCGGUAUUUAAUCUUCCAAAGGACCGCGAAAGCCUAUUGGCUGUCCUGAGAAAAGUAUAUGACGUCAAAUUGACAAACGUAAAGGACAAUGUGGGUGACAAAAUUACUUGUUGUAAAAACACAGCUCAAAAUAUAAUGCAGAACAAACUUUCUCGAUUGUUUUGUCGUCGAGCCCGCGUGCAAUCGAAACGAACACAAGAUGGAAUAAAGUUACGAAAGAAUGUCAGCUUUAUUUCUGAAGGAUUGAAUGCCGACGAGGAAAUGGUUAACAAGCGUAAAGUAGAAGUGAAACGUACUCUGUUCGAUUUUAUUGUGAAUCAUACAGAAGAAACUAAUCAGAAUGAAAAAUUAGAUGAAUACAAAUUAUCAAUCAUCGAGUCCUUCUGUGACGUUAAUGCGAAGUUGCUCCGAUUAUUCUUCAUUAUUGAAGGUGAACUAAAAAUGAUUGAUGGUGAACUGAAUAGCAAAUGGAAGUUGUAUAGAAAGAAAAAGUUACAAUCUGAUAAACUUGAAUUAGAAGGACUUCGAACACAAGUAUCUGACAUGUCAGACAAUAUUGUUGAAAUGAUUGAAUACUUGGAUCUAAAAUUUAAGUUACCAUCGACUACAUAAAACUAAAAAACAAUAUGAAAUCUAGUUUUUCAUGUUCUUCCACUUAGAAUUUUGCGAAUCCUUUUUUGUUCCGCUCCUUAUAUGUUCACGUUAUUAGUUUCUGACAAGUUUACCGGCCUAAAGCAACUAAGGGGCAGUGGAGGGGCAAGGCAAAAGGUGUGGGGUAACAAUAUUUUGAAAUAUUAAGAAAACCAUUUUUUUUUUCUCCAAUUACCGCGACAACAAUGAAAUUUUAUAAAAUAAAUACAUAAACUGCACGAUCUUUAUUUUUCCAAAACAUUUUUAGUUAAAAUCCUCCAGGUGGUUUUUUUGGUCAUGUUCCAACAAGAUUUCAAAUACAAAAGCUGCAAUAGCAUGUCGAAGUAAGCUAGGGCCCCUUAAAACAAAGUAAAUAUAAUUUUCUUGUGUGAAAUUAAUUAAUGGAUUUUAUGCCACUUGAAUUUGACAUAAGUGAAAGACAAAAUUGGCAUUUAUUUCCAAAAACUACAAAGAUUGGCAG